GCCCUUUACCCUCUGCCUUUUCUUUCUCCUCUCUCUGAUAGGGGCACAUAUUCGUUGUCGGUGCGGAUAUUACUGAGGCCACCACAACACCAGCCCAUCACCAUCGUGAUCAUGGGCCACAUUCCUUUGGCUAACUAGUUAUCUUGCCUGCGCCGCUCCUUUCCGAUUCUUUUGCUACCUAGGCAGUCAUUCUACGAGCUUGAUUGACUCCGUCUGUACGGCCCCAACAACGCCAUAGCCCGCCAAAGCCACUCGUUCCCAGUCAGUCUGCUGGCGCGGACGAUCUGACUCGUUGUUUUCAUUUGGCCAUCCUUUCGCUUUCCCACGCCUGCUUAGUUUACCCCUCGCCUCAGCACUUGUGGUGGCGAUGAAGUUUUCGCUUGCGCUCGCUGUUGCCGCCAUGGGCCCGUCGCUGUCUACUUGCAGGUGUAUUCGCAGGACGUCUUCCUCUGGCUCUUCGAACGCAGUGUCGCCGGUGGCCGCAGUGUCGAGUGCCCAGUCCAGGCAGGCUGAGACACAAACGAGGGCGCCUCUGGCGACCUGGAUCUGGAACACGACCUUCAUCACCGAUGCCGCCGAGACGUCACAGUUCUUCACAUUUGCCCAAGAACAAGGCCUGCAGAGGGCAUACCUGCACGUUGACGCCGACAUAGACAACUCGCACUUUGGGAACUUCAUCCAACAGUGCACGGCCAGCGGGAUAGUGGUCGAGGCACUCAUGGGAAACGCCCAGUGGAUCCUGGGGGGUGGUACACCCAGCCUGCAGUCCAACCUGAAGUGGAUCGACCAGUACCAGGGCAACGCCUCUGCCAACGCCAGAUUCUCGGGCAUCCACAUGGACAUUGAGUUGUGGGCCUUGAGCGAUUGGCAGUCAAUGCUCGGCACGUACAUCCCCGCGUGGGAGAGCAUUGUCACGGGCGUCGCCUCCUUUGCCAAGUCGCACGGUAUCGCCGUCGCGGCGGAUCUACCCUUCUGGGCUUACACCAUGUCUGACCCCAGCACGGGAGAGGCGAUGGACUCGUGGAUGCUGAGCGCACUGGACUCGGUCACCUUCAUGACCUACCGCAACUCGGUCCAGGAGCUAUUCGAUGUGGCAGAGAAGCCGCUCGCCGCCGCCGACGCCGCCGGGAAGCAGGUCUACGUGGCGGUCGAGACGGUGGCCAGCGCCGAGGCACAGGUCAGCUUCAAGGGGCUGGCAACCGUGACAUCGCUUUCCGACAAACUGCAGUCCAUCACGAUUGAGUGCUCCAACCACACAAGUUUUGCAGGAAUUGCCGUCCAUGAUUAUAAGGGAUGGCUGGCUUUGGGCUAGCGACGGCAGAUAUUACCCAACAUUUUUUUUCAAUUAUAUCCGAGGCAGAGUGUUGUCGGCUCCUCGGCGAGCUAGAAACCAUGUUCUGCCCCGGGAUCUUCAAUUCUAUCUUAACCCAACAGGUGCAGUGGGGCUUGGAUCAGAGAUCCUCAUUGUGGCUCGCAGGGUCACUACCUUGCAACACUAUCAGUCUCUCGAAUUUUCAAAGAUGCGGCAUCUCCCGCAUAUCACACGAGAAAUCUGGAGGCUGUCUGCCCGAACUCAUCGAGAUAUAUGUUUACUGUCUCCAAAACCUGUAAACGCCAUUCUUCACCAUGGGCCUGACAUCCUCCUCUCUACCUAGUUGUUGACCCAGAACAUUGAAAAGGUACAAUUCGACUACGCCCAGGGCUAUAUACGUACACCCAAGAUCUUUGACAAACCCCAGGUGCCAUUGACUGGUCUCAUUUCUAUUCCACAUACGUCCGAAGCCGCACACGGCGCCUUCAUACAAUGGUAAAUACUCACAGACGAGACCUAGCAUUUAAAAAUUUUACUGGCUGGUUUCGCUUCUAUGUAUUUAUCGAGUUAGCUGUCUUAUAAGCAGCUGAUUGUUUCAUGAGCAGCUUGAGCACCAAGAUAUAUGGCUCCCCGAGGGUCGCUACCAAUAUGACCCGAGAGUCUCUUCCGUCCUCAAAACUGAAACACUCACGCACUCCAAUUGAACUACUCUUUCCUCGUACACGUCAGCAUGGGAAAAGGCAGUGAUGCGGACAGAUGUAUAUAAACGUGCAAAGCGUCGGAGGCUUGCCGGGGGGAUGAAAAAAGGGCUCAUAGUCAGCCAUUCUCGGCGCGCACGCUUGAUGGAUGCGGACGACACAACCACUCCUGGGCGCGGGCAUGCAUGUGCUGCUUCGUCCUCUGAAGCGAUCCGAGCAGCGUUGCACGCGGCACCUGCCGUCAACAUUGAAUGAUUCACCUAGUCAGCCCUGAAUA